UUCUUCAAACCACAACCACCAGCUUCAUCGUCCUUUCUCUUUCUCUCUCUCACACACACAGUUUUUCACCUACACCUAUAUAUACGCCAUUUUCAUCCCACAUUAUCCGCAUGAAUUAAGAAAUCGCCAGAAGAUUCUCGAGAUCUCCACUUCACGUGAUCUCCGCUAGCUUGUGCAUUAAUGGCGGCAACUGCUCCGCAUGUACUUCAAUUGCCGGUUCGGUCGCCGGAGCUUCGAGUUUUGAUUGCUGGAUAUGCGAUUUUCCGGUCGCGAUUGGAGUUGCCGUACUUGCGUAAGAAUCACGCGCCUCUGCACGUUAAGGCUCGGAAAGUGAAAGUUGAAUGUGUUGCAAAAUCCACUGAAGAGGAGACUGAGCUGGAGGCGUUGGUCAAGGACGGUGAUGAUGAUGAUGAUGACGUGGCGAUUAGUCGGGAGUACUCCAAUGGCUCAGCUAUUUCGCAAAAGACUGUUUCUAAUUCUACCUCUAGUCCCGAUUCCUUGUCCCUUGGAAUUCGUGAACCUGUUUAUGAGGUAGUGGAGGUAAAGUCAUCUGGGACGGUAGCGAAAAGGAAUAUAAACAGAAGGCACUUGCUGAAGUCAAGUGGUUUACGCCCUCGAGAUAUCAGGAGUGUUGAUCCAUCAUUGUGGUUGACAAAUUCAAUGCCUGCGUUGCUGGUCCGUGAGCAUGCAAUUCUAUUGAAUCUAGGUUCUUUACGGGCCAUAAUAAUGCAAGAACAAGUCCUUAUAUUUAAUUAUAACCGUAAAGGAGGAAAGGCUUUCAUUGAUGCAUUGUUACCACGGCUAAAUCCUAAAAACACAAAUGGAGGACCAUCGAUGCCUUUUGUGCUAGAGGUGGUUGAAGCAGCAUUGCAUUCACGGAUACAGAGAUUGGAGCAUAGACUCUGGGACUUAGAACCUCGUGUGAGUAUGGAACAUAGAAUUGUUUAUAAUUUGUGCAGAUCAUUUUUACGUGAAACUGCCCUAAUUUAUGGAGUAUCUUUCAAAGUACAUGCUUGCCUAGCUGUUAGAGUCCAAGCAUUACUUGAGGUUUUGCCUAAUCGAUUAACUGCAGACAUAUUGGAGGAACUCCGUAUCAGUAAACAGAAAUUGGUGGAAUUGGGUUCCAGGGCCGGGGCUCUUAAGCAAAUGCUGCUUGAUAUUCUAGAGGAUACUCAUGAAAUACGUCGCAUCUGUAUCAUGGGGAGAAAUUGCGUACUUAAGAAAGAAAAUGAUGAGAUGGAAUGCUCUGUGCCCCUAGAAAAGGAGGUUGCUGAGGAAGAAGAGGAAGAAAUUGAAAUGUUGUUGGAAAACUAUCUUCAGAGAUGUGAAUCUUGUCACGGUCAAGCAGAAAGGCUCCUUGAUUCUGCAAAAGAAAUGGAAGACUCAAUUGCCGUAAACUUGAGUUCUCGAAGGCUUGAGGUAAGCAGAUUUGAAUUGAUUCUACAGGUUGGGACAUUUUGUGUUGCCGUCGGUGCUAUGGUAGCAGGUAUAUUUGGCAUGAACUUAAGAUCCUAUCUAGAGGAACAUGUGUUUGCAUUCUGGCUUACAACUGGAGGAAUAAUCGUUGGGGCUGUUCUGGGCUUCUAUCUCAUGUACUGGUAUCUGAGAACAAAGAAAAUACUGUAAGCAACAGCUGCUUUGGCAAUCAGGUGACACGAAACUGGACAAAGAUUCAGCUUGCAACUGCAAUAUAGUGCCCAAAAAUUGCUGGGUACUAGCAUAUUCUGUGGAAAGAUUAUUAGAUUGGAGCAUUGCGCAUUAAUAAGGAGCUUCAUAAACACUCGGCAACAUCAGCAAAAUUAGGUACUCAUUCUGUCCCGAAUCAAGAUCCACAGGAUUUGAGAAUAAAGGAGACCGCCAAAUCCUCGGCAAGCUAAUACCAUGGUUGUCAAUUAGGAACAGCCAUCAUCCUCUAUACCAGCUUGUUAGGUAGCAUAGUGUUUCCAGUUAUAAGUUACUACCACAUUCUGGCAUUAAAGGUAUUGUUGCACUUGCACCCUUGUAAACCCUGAAUACGCAAGUGGUGAGUCAGUUGAACAGAAGUACCAAUUGAGAGAGUUCUCAUGCCCAAAAUUUAAUUAUCAUUUCUUCUUUCAUUGUAAGUUGUGCAGAGUAGAUUUUGAACUUGAAAAAAAUAACUAAUUCAUGUAUUGAUGCCAGAUCGCUCCCGGAGUUAUGGACAGAUUCUUGACCAUUGAAACAACUCCUUUGGGUUCAAAUUCUUUUCCGUUGGAUUAGUGUUUUGUUACAUGUGAAA